AUGCCUGAUGCCGUUUUUAACGGUAUCGCCAAAUCACAUGGAGUGGGGAUCUUCUCCAAGUCCGAGGGGAUGGUGGUCUAUCCUGAAAACGCCCAUCUUGCUGAUACUCCAGCCUGUAGAGGUAGAUGCGAUGGAUCAUGCAGUCACACGUGUACUGUUGACAACCGGAAGUGGGCAACCAUUGCUGGUCUAACCAAUUCGCGUAGUUCUGUGCUUGACGACAAUGUGUUGUGUGACGCCCAAGACCUGUAUAGACACCAGGAGAAUCUUCUUGUUCACGAGUUUGGCCAUCUGACAAUGAAAUACAUGCCCAGGAGUUGGGAGAGCAAGAUUCAUGCUGCUUACAGUAAUGCCUACAAUCACCGUCUUUGGACACUGGGCGUGUAUGGGAUGGUGAAUGCUGAUGAGUACUGGGCGGAGGCAACUGCUUCCUUCUUUAUGGCCAUAACCAGAACUGACGUCUCGGCUGGAAUGAACAUGUGUGGCACAUCUCGAGCGUGUACCUCCGAGGCGGCAUCAAGAGAUUACUUGAGGAAACAUGACCCGCGGUUGUUUGAAGUUCUGGAAUACGCCUACACCAACAACAAACCACAGACCAGGGGUGGACUUAGACCAUGUAUCUAA